AUGUCAUAUGAAUACGCCAUGGACAUAAAUAUUACACCAAGCUUGGCGAAUCAGAGCUUCUCUGCCUCCGACCUUAAUCUCCCGCUCUCUUCUAAAUACCUUUCCCGUCAGCCGUCAAUGCAGAACCUCCGAGCCGCUGCAGCCGAUCAAUCCCCACUGUACUCCUCGCGCCACCCCAUGGCUUCGGAACGCUACUUCUCGUUUACCGCCUUUGAAGACGUCGAGCCCUUCGCGGAAGUCAAGCCCGUUCAACUCGGAUUCAAGCCCGUCCGACCAGUCAAGCCGUACCGAGAAGUCGAGUCCUAUCCCGACAUCGAAGACAUCGGCGAAGACGGACCGCCGCCCGCCGAGCCGAUCCGCGCUGAACCCUCCGCACCCAGCGUCCGAUUAGGUACUGGCACAGGGAACUUCCUUUGUUUGACGCCCGAGGUUUCGCAUCCCUACAAUGGCAACGCGGAACAGUCAAAGCUGAGUACACACCAGAGGACAGACAAUCUGGCGAGCAGGGGCGGCGUCGACCCGCGGCUCGCUGCGUACCGCGAGCUCAAGCCAUAUCUCGGCUCCGGGUACGAUUCGCUGGAUUUUAGAAAGGAGUUCUCGCUUCGCCCGAAGGAUCAGGGGUUGAGGAGGGAUGAGUUCAUCGAUGAGUGCGUGCGUCGCGGCGUCAGUGAUCUCGCUAAGCAGGAGCUGUAUAUGCUCGACGCGGCCCUCGAGGAUCAGAAGGCCGAGAUGGUGUGGGAGAAACAGGUCGAUGAUACUUGGAAGAAGAUGGUGGAGUAUAUAGCGACGGCGGAGAAAGAGAGGGAGAUGAAGAAGAGCGUUGUGCAGGAGUAUGUUGAGCAGGUUGAAGAGGAAGUGGAAGUGUAUUAUGAGCAGGUCGAGGAAGAGGCGAUGGAAGAGGAGGUGAUGAUGGUGGAUGAAGAGUCGACAUUCUCCGUGGAUGAUGUGGUUGUUUCGGGGGCUCAGACAGAGGAGUCUACAGUGAGGUUCUCAAGCUCAUCGAUGUUGAGCGAUCAUACACCUAUGAGCCUUGAUGGAAGGCAAUAUCGCAGCCCCUACUCCUCUGCAAAGGAUGAGCCGGUCAAGAAGCGGAGAUGGUACGAGGUGUGGAAGAGCAAGAGGUCCCGUCGCACGACUACCUCCUGA